CUUGUCUUCCUCGAUGGAUCAGCCGUCGAUGAGCGCAGCACUCACCGCAAAUUUGGCUAUGCUCCCGCUGGAAACCGUGCCAUGGAAGACCGCACUCUCACUCACUCCAAGUGCUGGAGUGUAUUGCUGGCACUCACCUCAACAGGUCUCCGGGCUUUGUCUUUCAAUGCCGGCCACCGCUUUGUCGAACUCGUCAAAGAGGAACUCCUACCAAUCGUAGGGCCUUACCCUGGUCCCAACAGCAUUGUUGUACUCUACAAUUGUCGUAUUCAUUACGAGCCAAGGGUUGCUGAACUGCUAGUCGAAAGA